AGAGAGGGUAAGAACUAAGCAGUUUCUUCUCUUGUUUGUGUGUUUAGAGUUCAAAGGAUAGAUAGAACAAAAAGGCUUGAGAGAGAACAAAUAAAAGACAGUGUUCGAUCUUCUGGUCUCAUCGACCAUUUUAUUUAAAAUAAAAAAACUUCGCAAAAUCUACACACUUCCUUGAGUUUGAAUCUAUCUAUACAGAUUCAAAGUUCUGUCUUUGGUUUCAUGAAGUUUCACCCUUAAUCGAUUCUGGUAUUGUGGUAGCCAAAGCCGCUGAAUUUAAGUUGCAGAUCUUGAGGUGUAAAUGGAAGAAGUGAAGGGACAAAGAGGAAGUGGAACCACAGAGGCAGAUUUUGUGUUGCAAUGGGGAGAGAGAAAAAGAGUUAGAUGCAUGAAAGUGAAGAAAGAUCAAAGCCUUAGAGAUGGCAAGUCAUCUGCUUCUUUGCCUAAGCGCAAACUCAUGCCCCGAGCUGUGUCUUCUGAGAGAGGCUCACCUUCUCGCCAUCUUAACCGUCCAAACAAGAUGGUAGAUUCUCCAGGUAAUGUUAGGAGAUCGUUUGUGGCAUCCCCUGAGAAGGAAGAUAGAUACUACACAACGAGGGGUUCUAUGGGUGGUACAGAUGAGAAUGGAAAAACUAUAAGGGAACCUGUGAAGGAAAACAAGAAGCAUGUGUGGCCAAAGUUGUUUAUAACUUUGUCAAAUAAGGAGAAGGAAGAAGAUUUCUUGGCUAUGAAAGGGUGCAAGCUUCCUCAAAGACCCAAGAAACGACCCAAAUUGAUUCAGAAGACAUUGCUUCUGGUGAGUCCAGGUACUUGGUUAUCAGAUCUGGGCAAAGAGAGGUAUGAAGUAAGAGAGAAGAAGACUUCAAAGAAGCGACCAAGAGGAUUGAAGGCAAUGGGUAGCAUGGACAGCGAUUCAGAGUGAAGAACAGCCGAACAAAGGUGGCUUAAGAAAUAUUCAAGAUUGUUGAAGGCUAGAAAGGAGACAAUGCACAAGAUUCUGUUUUUGUUUAUUUCGUUACAUUUUCAGAUGCCUCUGUUCUUCUUCACAGUUAUUUCAUGCAUCCCAAGAGUUACAUGAUGAGAAAAUGUUCUUGGAGGAAAUGGAUGAGUUAACAGUGUAAUGAGACCUCCAAACACAGAUCAAGAAAGAGAUUACAUAUUUUAUUAUAUUGGAAACGAAAUAUGAGAAAAGAUUAGUGUCUGAAUAUUAUUACAACACAUCAACCAAAACUGGAGCUACCACCACCAACUCAUUUACCUAACUUGUAACAGGUCUCCUACUACCUUUGUUUUCUCAGUUACCAAGUAGUUAUUCUACAUAAAUCUGUACCUGUCACACUAGUUACAAAUGGAAACAUGAUGCGUGAGCCAUGCCUGCAAAGAGCUUCCUCCAGUGAAUUUCAUCCUCUCUGGAAACAAAUAAAACCUUUCAAUCCAAGAUCCACCAGACAACGGCCAGCUACCAGA